AUGUUCAGUUUUGGUAGUAUUUUCUUGGCUUCUGUGUACAGAUUGAUCAUCAAGAUUGUUGGGUUCAUAUCUAAGUAUGCAAAAAGAUCAAAUCAUGGUGUGGUUGAAGAGAAUAGUUCAAAUUUGAGCGAAAAUCGUUCUGAAAAGGAUGAUGAAGUAUUUUCUUAUAGUUCAACAGGUUUUUUAUCAAGUGGGGUUGCUGAAAAAGAGAGUUAUUUGGAUUAUGAAAACAGCAAAAAGGAUUUAGGUGAAAAUGUUGCAGAGACAGGGGAAUCUGUUUUCUUGCAAAGUGGCUUGAUUUCUAGCUGCAGUAAGUAUGAAUUUAUCUCCGGUGAAAAUGUCAGUUUCCAACUCGAAGAGCCGAAAGAAAUGAAUUUUUUGGUUCAAGAGAUGUUUUUGGGGUCAGAUGAAGCUCAUUUGAUAAAGAUGAACUCAUUUGAGCCGGAUUUGGAUAAAGAUGAACCGGAAUUCCAUGAAAACUCAAGCGCCCUUUCCUUUCGUUUUAAUCUGCUGAAUAUUGAUAUGGGAAGUGCAGAUAAUAGAAAUCUUCAGGAUGAAAAGAACUGUGAGGAGAAAGAAAAAAUGAGCUCAAAUGACUCCAAAGAUUUUCAAAUUAAAGGAGCAAGGCCUAUGAAAGAAGAAAUUUUGGAUGAUCAAGAAUAUUUUUAUGAGGUUGAGUUACUCCCUUACAGUGAAUUCUCUGCCGUUGAUGCAAAUCAAGAAUCGGAAAUUAUAGGGAAUGAUGAAAUCAAGCCCACCAAUGAAAAUGAGCACGAUGUUAACGAUAAACGAUUAGCUAUCGAGAAUUUUUUGCCGAGCAUGGAAAAAGUUGAGGAUUCGGACGAUGAGUACAUUGAAUUCAAACCUUCUUCUGCAAAUACUCGCUUUUGUAAUAAUAGUGAAGCUAAUAUCUCCCGAGAAAGCAAGAAUUUUGAUUUUUCCGAUGAUGACGAGGAUGAAAACGAUGUUCUGUGGGAGCAUCAGAACUUAGUCCGGCAGAUUAAAAUGGAGAUGAAAAAUUGCAAGGUUAGAGGAAAGCUUCCCACAAUAUCUGAAGAGUGUGAAGAAUCUCCUAAGAUGGCCGAGGAUUUGAGACCUCUUGAAAUCAACCAUAAAAUCGAGUACAAAGAUGUAAUGGACGAGAUUCACAAGUUCUACAAAAGCUACUCGGAGAAAAUGCACAAACUGGACGUCUUGAAUUAUCAAACCUUGCAUGCAAUGAGUUUCCUCCAGUUGAAAGACUCAGAAGUUUUUACCACGAGCAAGAAAAAAACAGACUUGGUAACUUUUAUAAAUUUACCAAAACUUUGGCCUACCAAAGUCCCGAAGAUCCAUGCCGAUCCAUCACAAAAGUCGAUUAUCGAAAUGAAUCAUGAUUUGGAAUUGGUCUAUGUGGGACAACUUUGUCUUUCUUCAGAAAUUUUACGUUGGUUGUACGUAAAAUCGAGAGAAUUACUGAAACAUGACUGUAAAGGAAAGCACUCGUACAACCGAGCUGCCGAGGAAUUUCAGCAGUUUCAAGUUCUGUUGCAGAGGUUUAUGGAGAAUGAAGAGUUUCAAGGGCAAAGAAUUCCGAAUUAUGUUAGAACUCGGCUUACUAUACGCGGCCUUCUUCAGGUCCCGAUGAUCAAAGGCGAUUGUUUGAAGGCUAAUAAGGAAACGCGAGAUGAAAUGGAAGUGAUUUCGCUCGAGAAACUAUCGGAAAUUAUCAGAGAAUCAAUGAUUAUUUUCCGUGAAUUUGUUUUGGCCGAUAAAUGUUCGACAAACGUGGUUCUAAAGGGUAUCCAAGGAACUAAACUUCAUCCUAAACACUCUCCAAAUGCAGAGCUUUUAGUUGAGACCAUCUCAAAUCUUCAGAAGAAGGAAAGAAGAAUCAGAGACCACAUUCGAUGUCAAAAGUGCAUCGUAAAGAAAUUUAAGAAACUCGAAAAAUGUCGUUCGGACAUGGAUUUAUCGACUUCUCAAGUCGAGUUGAGGUUGGUUUCGAGGAGGCUAACAUACAGGAAGCGUCACAGCUAUGCCACGAAAUCGAACCAGCACCGGGUCGUCAAAACUCCCGGUGGGAAGCUUGUGUAUCAGACCACUAAGAAGAGGGCUAGUGGCCCCAAGUGCCCUGUGACUGGCAAGAGGAUCCAAGGGAUUCCUCACUUGAGACCUGCUGAGUACAAGAGAUCGAGAUUGCCCAGAAAUCGGAGGACUGUGAAUCGUCCUUAUGGUGGAGUGUUGUCUGGUGUUGCUGUGAGAGAAAGGAUCAUUAGGGCUUUCUUGGUGGAAGAACAGAAGAUUGUGAAGAAGGUCUUGAAGAUUCAGAAAGCCAAGGAAAAGCUUGCUGCCAAGAGCUAG